UGGCGGUUGCACCGUCCGGCCGCCGCGCUGCCCUGCCCGGGCCGAGCCUGCGGGCUUCAGGCGGCGGCUGCGGGCCCCGCGGCGGGGUGCGGCGGGAGGGAGAUGCCGAAGCUGCGCGGAGAGGCGUUCUGGAGGGAGACGCUGCGCGGCGCCCACUACGUGGUGGCUCCUAUGGUGGACCAGAGCGAGCUGGCCUGGAGGCUGCUGAGCCGCCGGCACGGCGCCCAGCUCUGCUACACGCCGAUGCUGCACGCCCAGGUCUUCCUGAGGGACGCCAACUACCGCCGCGAGAACCUGUACGGCGAGGCCUGUCCCGAGGACCGCCCGCUCAUCGUGCAGUUCUGUGCCAAUGAUCCUGAGGUAUUUGUCCAAGCGGCGCUGUUGGCUCAGGAUUAUUGUGAUGCCAUAGACCUGAAUUUGGGUUGCCCCCAGAUGAUUGCAAAGAGAGGUCACUAUGGAGCAUUUCUACAAGAGGAAUGGGAUCUUCUUCAGAGAAUGAUUCUGCUGGCUAACGAGAAGCUCUCUGUUCCCAUCACGUGCAAAAUCCGUGUUUUCCCAGAGAUUGACAAGACAGUGAAAUAUGCACAGAUGCUGGAGAAGGCCGGCUGCCAGCUGUUGACAGUCCAUGGCCGUACGAAAGAGCAGAAGGGACCCCUUGCUGGUGUGGCAUCCUGGGAGCACAUUCAAGCUGUCAGAAAAGCUGUGAGCAUUCCUGUGUUUGCAAAUGGAAACAUCCAGUGUCUCAGUGAUGUGGAAGAAUGUAUCCGUAAGACAGGAGUCCACGGUGUCAUGAGUGCAGAAGGUAAUCUUCAUAACCCAGCUUUAUUUGAGGGGCGAAACCCAUUGGUGUGGGAGAUGGCUGAGGAGUAUCUGGAGAUAGUGCAGAAGUACCCCUGUCCGUUGUCUUAUGUCAGGGCUCAUCUCUUCAAGCUCUGGCAUCACACGCUUCAAGUUUACCAGCAGCUGCGUGAAGAAUUAGCAAAAGUGAAGACUCUAGAGGGAAUUGUGGAUGUCAACAGGGAACUGAAACUGCGCUGCCAGGAAGAAAUAGCGAAUCAGAAGGAAGGAGAGAAGCCAAAAGAGGGGUUGCCUUUUUUCCAUUGGAUCUGCCAGCCAUACAUCAGGCCAGGGCCAAAAGAGAGAUGCAAGGAGAAUGGAACCACAGGAACUGAAAAAGGUGUGCGGGGGAAACGUUCUCUGGAAGACGAAGAAGAUGGAAAUUCUGAGCUUCUGUCAAAGAAUAAGCAAAAAAAGAAGUUAAGAAAUCCAAAUAAAAGCUUUGACCCAUCUUUAAAACCUAAAUAUGCAAAGUGUGAUCAAUGUGGAAACCCCAAGGGCAAUAAAUGUGUGUUUAACAUGUGCCGAGGUUGCUGCAAGAAAAGAGCGUUCAAAGAGACAGCAGACUGUCCAGGUCAUGGGUUACUUUUUAAGACCAAAUAUGAAAAAUCCCUUCUGUGGCAGAGCAAUCAGAGAGCAAGCCCAGAGCUCAGUCAGAAAGGAGAUGUGGAUGGGGAGGAGACUGCUGUACUGAAGGAGGCCGAUGACAGUGCGGCGUGAAGCUUUGGAAAUGAAUCAAGAGCUUCUGCCAGGCCUUUGCUUCCCUGGGCCAAAGAACCUGCCAUCUCCAGAGCAGCAUUGGCUGUGGGAACCUGUUCCACAGGUUGAUUUUAAGUCCUGGCCAAGUGUUAUUUAAGUAAAAAAACUGCUUACUCAGGGAAUUCUCCUGCAUUUGAAAUAAAAAGAAUGCAACUGAUUUUCUCAUGCUGUGUUUUAAAGACUGAAAAUAUGCUGCAUUGAGGUGAGUGGGUCAGGCAGCUUCUGUCUGCUGCUAUCCCAGUUGGCAUCAUUUUGUUUAUUAAUCCUUUGGGUCCUGUUUUUAAUAUUGGGGAAUAAAUUUCGUACAGUAGGAUGGCCUUUUGGAGCAUUAAAAACAGCAAUAUUAAUAACUGCUUCACUAAUAGAAAAUGUCACAUCCCUGAGUUUCAGGAGGCCACGUUUUCAAUGCUGCUUCCAAAAAUGUGACAGGGAAGUCGUAAGCAGCUGCUGUAACAGUGUAGAGUAACAAAGAGUGGUUGCAUAUGAUAUGGUAAAAGCUAAACAGCUGAUGUAAAACAGGUCAUGCAACAUCAAAACUGCUGUUUCGAACAUGGCAAAGGAGGCCAGGAAGGAGAUGCUCUUUCCUUGACACUCCAUUAGGCUGACAUUUGUUUUAGAAUCCUAAUUAUGGAGAUUCUUCCCCUGUCUGUCAGAAUGUUAGAUAUUCCCUUUAGGGAGGGUGAGGCUACAGGAAAAUGAAGGGGAAACUCAGCACACAAGAUUCAGAGGCUACAAACCACUACACAUCUGGUAAGAGGGAAGACCCAAUUUCACCCUGCAACCUUGAAGAGGUGCUGAAGAUUUCUUUCUUUUAUUACAGAAACAAACCACCUUUAGGAACUGACUGCAUGCCCUGGGGACUUAGAACUCAUUCUUAACUUUAAAAGCCAAACAAAAACUGUUCAAGUACAGCUGUGUCUGUGCACACUGCAUAACCACCCCCCCCUCCACCCCUUACCUUGUGUUCUGGCAAGACAGAACUCAUCAUCAGUUCGUAUUUCCUAACACCUAUUGCAAAUUUACAGUCACAGUUAUGAGUUCAUAUAUGGUUUUGAACAAUAAGCUGAAAGAAAACCAGAACCCUGGCUGGCUGCUGCUAUUAGCCAGGAACUGUACACCUAUUUCUCAAGGCUGUAAUUCAAAGAAAGCUUACCAGCUUGCUAAGCAGAGGCCCCCAUAACAAAUUUCCUAUUUGAUGUUCAGAUUUUCCACACCAGUUCUUUGGGCAUCUUCCAUUAUGUGUAGCUUUGUCUCUGAACAUCUGUCUGCGUGUGACAGUCUUCUGUUGAGCUGCUGCCAUUCAUUCUCACUGUUAGGCCUUGAGAGGGAUCACAGGGGUAAGAAUCUUGUAUUAAAUGCUGCCUCACAGCUGUGGCAUUCCACAGAUGUGGAUAGUAAAAUAGCUCAAACUCUCCUAAUGGGUCUUCCCAUUUCAUUAGGUCAUUGUUGGGAAAUAAAUGUAUGUUCCAAGAUGUUCUGGGAACAGCAUCUUCCAACUGAAUCAGCUUUCCUAAUUUCUGACCCCUCAUAUUCAAGUUCAGGCACUAACCUGGGAGCUGUUCUUCUCCCUCACCUCGUGAGCAGGAACUGCCACAGAAACUUGGGACAGGGAGGGAGCAGCAUUUACAAACAGUCCAGCAAUUCAAGCAUGAGAAUCGAGUUCACAAAUACCUCUGUGCCUUAUUGGAUGGGAACUGAAAACCACAUCCCUGCCUCCCGUGGAAAUAGUCCACUCCUUCCCUUGCACAGACAUAACAUUUUAUAAAGGGUUCUGAACAGUUAAGAAAACUUCUACAGUGAAGAGCUGAAUGUUCAUAACUACAGAUCUUCCAGCUGCUCACUUUCUCCCUCUUCUGCUGUACACAGAUAACAGAGCUCCACCACUCUCUGCACACUGCGUUGGAGAACGUUUACUAACUCAGAAAAGGUUUUUGCACAAGAAACUUUCACCACUGUAAGGCAGGAGUGAACUGGGGCUCAUAUGAAUAAUUGGGAUCCCAUUCCUAACCUGACAGUCUGGUUUUAGGUCACAUCUUAUGAGCACACAAACUCAUCACCAGUGUGAGGAAAGGUCUGAGGUGCCUCUGAGCUCCCAGUUCAAAAAGCACCUUUAUAGCUCAGAGUCUGAAAUGAACACAUCCGUGCUGAAUCAGUAUUUAAGCUGUAUUUGUCCCCAUCCCCUCUUGCAAAGCCUUUCUUAACAUGCAAUGCAGACACACUUAUCUUCUUGGCUCCCAUCCCAGUGCACAUCACAGGACCACAGUGCUCCUAAUGCAGGGCUGGAGCACUGCUCAGGCAGGGCCUGCAACACACAGCUCCCUGUGCACCCAAUGGUGGAAAAAGAUACAACCUGAACUUUCAACAUUACAGACCUUACUGAUGAUUAUAAUUGCAUUCUAUUUAUUAAAGAGGUAAAGAUGACUAGAGGAUCAAUUUCUUAACAAGCAGCACUUGUGAAUCAGGAGGCACUAUU